GAGUGGUAGAGGAUGGCUGUGCAGUUGAUGGCAGCUGGUAGAGGUCCUUCCUAUUGUGUCGUUUGAAGCAUACAUUCUUCAUCUUCCUCUGACCAGCAUUUCUUUUAGACCCAGCAUUCGACUGGUUCUGUCCGUCUGCAGGCAAGUCCGGUUUUCCCCUGUCUCACAGCAUUUUCUACCUAGAAAGAUAUAUAGUAAAAACAGUGCAUUGAUAUUAUAAUAAUGAGUUCACUGCAAACAUGCCAUAUGAUAUAGUUUGCACUGGGAUUUCAGUAAUAGAAAAUGUGUUAUUAUUAUGAUCUUGGUACACACACACACACACACACACACACUUGCACACUCUAACCUCUAUGAUGUAGUUCGGAUACUGAAAAUAAAAAAGACAUAUAGGCCUAGAGUACAAUGGUCAAAUAAUGAGUUACCUUCCACAGGAUCGCAGCUGCAUGGGAACAAGAUCUCCCUGGUCCAGCGACACACGUACAUCCCGCCGUUUUGACUUCUCCAGCUUCAGUUACCAGCACCCAAGCAUUAUGCCACGCGCUAUUCAAACAUUGACUAGGCUCUACAUUUGCUUUCAAAUAAACAAAACGAUCAUGUUUGUAUGACAUGACACAACCAACUUUGUCGCUAUGCAAAUAUUGAUGAGCCUCGGAGGCUUUCAGACUGUCCAUCGCUUUCCCAUCCGUUGCUAAGGAGUCCACGAAAUAGGCGCAAAUCUUGCUGUAUGUUAUGUUGGGCCACGUCGCCAUGUUAUCCACCCAGUUCUGCACUGAAUUCGGGUGGGGGAUAGUAAUGCCAUCUCCAGUAAGAUCAUUUAAACUGUGUUGCCAUUGUAUGGAUAUUAUUAGCUUACCAUAUCGAUCUGACAGUGGGCUGUCAAAGCGUCUGUUUACAUUGGCAACCGCUGCGCAAACCACUUCCGGCGGAAAUUAAAUGCAUUUGUGGAGGGUAAUGGCGCCGCCCAGGGUUCGACGCGUAAACUUGUCUAUAGGCUGCUACCCAAUGUCAAGGAAGCAUGCUCAACGGCCGCCCUUUUAAGGACGCUACGUCAUAGAACGCCGACAAGCACUGUUCCAAUGUUGAGGACACUCGAAAGCCGCGCCAUUUUUGCGUCCUUUGUUUUUGAGAAUUCCGAGAUUUUUCAAGGAUGCAUCGCUGCAUCCUAGACGAGCCAAAACUACCCACAAUCCUCUGCGUUCACUGGGCGGGUUCUUGAAAAUGGCAGAGCAGUACACGUUCAAAUGAAGUGAAGUUAUAUUAGUUUUCAGAAAUAUUUUGUGCCGUAUUGCUUUUUAUAGAUUCAUCAUGUUAAUGCAAAUAAUCAAGCCUAAAGACCUGUGCCACUUUUCAAACGUUUUUGCAACUUAAUGAUACGUUGCUAUAUUUUGCAUGGACGUAGCUGGUGUUAAACACCACUGUCACCAAUGUCAAUUUACUCGCUCACAAGAUUACAUUAUUUAUGUAUACCAUAGGCGUCGAUUACGCCGGGGACGCGUCCCCACCAGUUUUCAUAAAGACUAAUUUUGUCCCCAUCAGAAAAAAAUAAAUAAAUUCAAUGCAGUUUUUUAAAAAUGAAUGUUUAUAGCGCGAGAGUCGAGACAGAUGCGAACCAAUCCACAAAAAGUCUAUCUGGAUACGGCACACAGCCGUCAACAAUUUGCAACACUUGGAUAGUUCUAGAAUGGGGGAUGGGUGGGUGGUACGGUGGGCGGCUCCUUCUCUGUGUAAUCUGAACCUGACUGCUUGCCGCGCAGCGCGCACUUCCAUGGACAAUCUGCGGCGGUUGCAGCCUCAUGCAUUUGAGGAGAGGAGUCCGGAGGAGACCAGACCUGCUGCAAGUGCCUUUGCGUUGGCUGAAAAAAGCUUCUCCUUGUGGACAUGGCAGACAGACACACUGUUGAGUCGUGACUGCUCCAUCGUGGAGCGGAGCCAAUUCUUCAAACGACGCAGGGCACUGAAGCUCCGCUCCGCUUCGCAAGAAGAGACUGGGACCACAAGCAACAGCCUAACAAGAGCCUCCACCUGGGUGUUGCUCCAACGUGGCCAAACGGCCAAGGCCCUCUUGGUUGAACCUCUCAUCCAGCUGCACGCUUGCUGUAUCGAUGGCAGAGAAAAAUUGCACCCUGAAAAAGUCCUCUGCCGAAGACGGGGUGUAGCUUUUUGCAGGCCCACCAUAUCGGUUAGCUGGUUUCCGUACUUGUGGAAGAUUUAUUGGCUGAAGAUCAAGAGAUGUGCUUUUAUUGAGACCUUCAAGCUGCAGGAGAAUAUCCUGCCCAAGGAUAAGGCCAAGUACCGUGUUGCCUUUUUGGAGAUGGUCAAGAAGGCCACUUGCUCGAGGAGCUGUGACCCCAUUCGAGGAAGCCAACUCCUCCAAUGCAGCCAAGAUCACCUCGUAUUGGGUUUGGCCACGAAGACCCGAGAGUGGAAGAUUGAGACGGAGCAGCAUAUCGGAGGCAAUUCUCCAGAGAUGCUCGCCAGUUGUGGAAGAGGCCUCGUACAACCCUACAAACUCCUCCCUUGGUUCCAGAUCUUGGUCCACAUAGCGGAGGCAGAUGGAGAUCUGCUCUGUUCCACUGACGUCCUGUGUUCCGUCCAUUAUGAGGGAAUACUGCAGCACAGGGAUGGUCUCUCUUCAGCCAGCUUGCAAGGUUGGGGUCAUCCUCCGCCUUAUCUCUAAGAUAAUUUUGGAAGUUUCCAUCCAAAUUGGCAUGGCCCCUAAGAGCCAAGCCCUGUUUGGAGAGUUUCUGAACCCUACAGAGAUGAAUGUUUUUUCAGCACUUUUGGCCAAUGCUGAUUUUUGGUUUGCAAAAGCAGUCAUACAGGGGAAACACAAAAACCCCUUAACUUGCUGGCUGUAGUGCAGCCAAGGGAAUGCUUCAUACCAAAUAUCUUGGAAGGUGACUGAGUACUGUGAGCGGCCAAUAAUGGGAAAAUGUCCUUGUGACGAGUCCAUCCAGGCAAGUCACAAUGCUAAUCUAUAUUUUAAGCCAUGCUCUUGGCCACUUAACAUGCUCAAAAUGUCAUUACAAGCAAAAAAUAUAAUUUUUUUCUUCAGUUACGUGUUGACCUCACCUCUCCAUUGUCCUCAUCCACAAUUUCCUGCCAUUCACUAAGUUCUGAUUGACUUAGUUCCUCUCCCUGAUCAAAUGAACUUGUUUCUGCCAACUCACCUCUUCAUUGCCAUCUACCAGUUCCUGCCUUUCAUUAAGCUCUGAUGCACUUGGUUCCUGUUCCUUUAUAAAUAAAUAAAAAUGUGUUAACUCAAUUGAUUAUGCCCUCUAUUUUAUGUGAUUUAUGUGGUGUGCAAACAAAAGUCUUGUAACCUUUAUUGUAAUGAUAUGACCACUAUGACGGUAUGUUGGUUGUGGUAUGUUAUCAAUAUUGUAAUUGGUUUUUGACAAAAUAUUGGUUUGGAGUGUGCGUUUGCCUGCUACCAUGUUUGUUACUCGGUACAAUAUGGAUGAUUUACGACCAUCUAGUGGGGAGUCUGAAAACUGCUAACGAAACGUCAUUGAAGUGAAAAUAAAAUAAAUCAUUCGUACUGUUGUAAAUUCAAAAUUAAUUUAAAUAGGAAAGCUAAACGUUAAAGCACAUAGGACAAAACACUCCAGCACUAGGCAUGCUAGCCAACAGUGUGUCGCGCUGGUAGAGGCUAGCUAUCUACAAAAACCUCAAGAAUUACAAUAUAUUUCUAGAAUAAAUAUUAAUUUAGCUGAGCUCAUAAGACACUAGCACACUUACAGUGCAUGUCGGCUUCAAUUGCUUGGCUUUAAAAAAUGCUCUGAUGUCCGGUCCACUCCUUUUUGACAUUUUUCUGUAUAAUUGACUAGGUAGGAUCAGAGAAUGUCGCGCUCUGGUUUUUAUCGCUAUCUCGUCUUUUUUCAGUCGUGACUAAAUGUCCCCUCUGCGGCACCGUAGUUGUGGAUUAUUUUCGUAUGAGGUGCCAGCCUGACUUGGACAAUGAAUGAGAUAUUAAUAUACCAAUACUCUAUGGCUGGUAUGCAAUGAUGAGGCAUCAGACAGUCAAUUAAUUUUAGCCUGAAUACAUAGGUAAAAAGCACCAGACCGCUAGUACCAUGGAUGGACAGUGUCAGAGCGAAAACCUGUUGAACUAAAUGGAUGUGGUUAGGCAGCAGGCACGCAGGCUACACCGCGGGAUACAUCUGCAGACCACUGGCACGUUGAUAAAGGUAAGAUGCGAUAUUUAUUAAUAAUA